GGCGCUGAGGCCGCUCCGCCGCCAGCGGGGCCCGGGUUCAUGUAAUCAAAGGAGUUUCUUUGUUAUAUCUUUUCAGAACACAACAGGAAUUCAAAAUGAACCAGACCACAACUGACUCCCCUGUUGCUGUGGAGACCUUGGAUGAUGUUCCUGAGCACGUGCUGAGGGGCCUUCCUGAGGAUGUGAGGCUCUUCCCAUCUGCUGUUGACAAGAGUCGGCUUGGUGUCUGGGCAACAAAGUCAAUUUUGAAAGGCAAGAAGUUUGGACCAUUUGUUGGUGAUAAGAAAAAAAGAUCACAAGUUAAGAGCAAUGUGUACAUGUGGGAGGUGUAUUACCCCAACCUGGGCUGGAUGUGUGUGGAUGCCACCGACCCCGAGAAGGGCAACUGGCUGCGUUACAUCAACUGGGCUCGCUCGGGCAAGGAGCAGAAUCUCUUUCCCUUGGAAAUCAACAGGACCAUUUACUACAAGAGUUUGAAGCCAAUCGCGGCGGGCGAGGAGCUUUUGGUGUGGUACAAUGGCGAGGACGACCCGGCGAUAGCGGCCGCGAUCGAGGAGGAGCGAGCGAGCGCCCGCAGCCGCCGGCACUCCCCGAAGGCCCGCAGAGGAAAGAAGAAGACUCAGGAAGGUAAAAACAAGGGAAAGAAGGCAGCAGAUACGAAACAGAAAAAGAUUGAUUUGGAUUCUACUUCUGCAGAUAUGAGGGAUUCUAAAGAGGGUCAUAAAGAGGAAGAUGAAACACCUUCUGUUUCUGCUGUGCUGUCUCUGGAACAAACAGCUGUGAUUCAGGAAAUGGUAAAUCAAGAUGUACUUCCAAAGCUGAUGAUCCCCAGUCCGACCAAUGAGCCACAAGUGGUAAGUGAAGACAAACAAGGAGAAGCAAUAAAUUGUGCAUCAGAUGAUUUAGAUGACGAUGAAGAGGACGAUGAAGAAGAGGAAGAUGAAGAGGAGAUGGAAGAUACCAAUAUGCCUAAAGAAAAUGCUGAAAUGCCUUUGAUGUGUGAAGAAAAGUUGGACUCCUUGGAAGAACAAAAGAGCACGUCAGAGGAAUCUCCAGAAAGCUCUCCAAAGAAAAAACUCGUGGUGAAAAUUCCAAAAGCACAGGGGGAAUCCAACGGUGACGUUCAGGAAACAUUCAUGUUUCCCUGCCAGCAUUGUGAGAGGAAGUUUACAACAAAGCAGGGGCUGGAGCGCCACAUGCACAUCCACAUCUCCACACUGAGCCACGCGUUCAAGUGCCGGUACUGCGGGAAAGCCUUCGGCACUCAGAUCAACAGGCGCAGGCACGAGCGACGCCACGAGGCCGGGCCGAAAAGGAAACCCUUCCUGACACUGACCUCGUCACAGCACUUGGAGAAUGUUGCUGAUAACCAAGUGAUUGUGGAUGAUGGUCUUAAAGAUGACCUGAACGUUCCCACUCUUGUGCAAGACUCUGUUGUCUUGGAUUCUGAGAAAGUUUCCCAGGAAAUGUCAAACUCUGCAUUUGCUGAGGAAAAUAAGGAGCCCAAAGAAUUGCAUCCAUGCAAAUACUGCAAAAAGGUGUUUGGUACUCACACCAACAUGCGCAGGCAUCAGCGGAGGGUUCACGAACGUCAUCUGAUUCCCAAAGGUGUCAGAAGAAAAGGGUUCUUCACUGAAGAGCCACCUCUCCCAACAGAGCCUGCCCCAGCAGUCCAGAGUGCGUACAUAGCCAACACAGAAAUAGAAGAGGAAGGUGAAGGGGAUGAUGUCUAUCUUAUGGAUAUAUCCAGCAAUAUCUCCGAGAAUUUAAAUUACUACAUCGAUGGCAAAAUUCAGUCCAACAGCAACACUAGCAAUUGUGAUGUGAUUCAGAUGGAGUCCAACUCUGCAGACUUGUAUGGAUUGAACUGUAUCAUCAGUCCUGUCACAGUAGAAAUUUCCUCAAAUUUAAAGGUUACACAAACACAUGUGAAUGAACCUGCUAAGGAGCCCUCUAGCAGUGGGAGCAGUGAAUCCAAAAAGAGAAGAACUGCUAGCCCUCCUCUUGUACCAAAAAUAAAAACUGAAAUAGACCCAGAACCUAUAACUCCUACUAGUUCAUUAAAUCUUCCUCUUACCAUUUCAACAGAAAGCUUAGCUUUUCCUAAAGAAAAAGGGGUUUAUUUGUCAUCAAAAUUAAAGCAGCUCCUUCAGACACAGGACAAUAAGAAGAUAACUCCAUCAAGUGAAAUCCCUAAAAUAGGACCGUCUGUUACAUCAUCGCCUAUUUUGCCUCCAGUAUCCAGCAGAUUUAAAAGAAGGACCAGCUCUCCUCCCAGUUCUCCACAGCACAGCCCAGUGCUUCGAGACUUUGUCAAAACAGGUGAGGGAAAAACUGUGUGGAAUGAUAAUAUUCGGAGUUCAAAAAUGCCAAAGUUAGAAAGCCACAGCAACUCACCUGCUUGGAGCUUGACUGCAAGGGAGGACAAAGAGACUUUGAGCCCUCUUUGCUUUGAAGAAUAUAAAAUAUCAAAAGACUGGACAGCAGCUCCGACUUUUGGCAACGUGUGCAACCAGCAGCCACUGGAUUUAUCCAGUGGUAUGAAACAAAGGUCUGAUGUCAAAAGCAAGACUCAGGUUCCCUGGGAAUCCGUUUUAGAUCUAAGUGUGCAUAAGAAGCCUUGCAGCGAUGCUGAAAUUAGAGAAUACAAAGAAAACUCCACACAGCCAACGUGUAGUGGUGUGAAGAAGAAGAAACCCACCACGUGCAUGCUGCAGAAGGUUCUGCUGAACGAGUACAACGGGACAGAUGCAGCCCUGGACAGCGCGCUGGGCGUGGACAGCGCCGGCAGCCCCGGCAAGGCCCUGGAGCCUCCGGCAGAGCCCGAGGCAGAUCCCUGUCCCUCGGCAUCGUCUUCCACUGACACUCAGCCCCUCAGCUCCUCUGCUUCCCCUGUGCCACAGGCCCCUGCUGCACCUGCUGUGUGCCAGCUGCCUCCAUUGUUAACGCCCACCAACCCCCCGUCCCCGCCGCCCUGCCCGCCCGUGUUAACGGUGGCCACCUCACCUCCCCCCCUGCUCCCGACGAUGCCCUUACCCAUUCCAGAUGUCUCUGCCAGUGCCACUAACACUUCCUCCUGUCCCUCGCCACUCUCCAACACUACUACCCAAUCCCCACUACCAGUUCUUUCGCCUACAGUUUCUCCUUCUCCAUCCCCUGUCCCUUCUGUUGAACCUCUUAUUUCUGCUGCUUCACCUGGCCCCCCUACGCUCUCUUCCUCCUCUUCCUCCUCCUCAUCCUCCUCUUUCUCAUCCUCUUCCUCCUCAUCGUCCCCAUCUCCACCUCCUCUUUCUGUAGUUUCUUCUGUUGUUUCCUCUGCUGAUAACCUUGAAAGUUCUCUCCCAAUAAUAAAGCAGGAAGAAGCUGAAAGCGAGCAGCAGAAAGCAAGAGAAGAUCCUCAUACUUCAAGUCAAUCAGGAGCAGUGCAGGAAACGUUCAACAAGAGCUUUGUGUGCAAUGUCUGCGAAUCACCUUUUCUUUCCAUUAAAGACCUAACGAAGCAUUUAUCCAUUCAUGCUGAAGAAUGGCCCUUCAAAUGUGAAUUCUGUGUACAGCUUUUUAGGGAUAAAACAGACUUGUCAGAACAUCGCUUUCUGCUUCAUGGAGUAGGGAAUAUCUUUGUUUGUUCAGUGUGUAAAAAGGAAUUUGCUUUUUUGUGCAAUUUGCAACAGCAUCAACGGGAUCUCCAUCCAGACAAAGAGUGCUCACAUCAUGAGUUUGAAAGUGGGACUUUGAGACCCCAGAAUUUUACUGACCCCAGUAAGGCGAACGUGGAGCACAUGCAGAGCCUGCCAGAAGAUUCUUUGGAACCUUCCAAAGAGGAGGAAGAUGAAGAUCUUAAUGAUUCUUCUGAAGAGCUUUAUACUACUAUAAAAAUAAUGGCUUCUGGGGUGAAAUCUAAAGAUCCAGAUGUUCGUAUGGGCCUCAAUCAACACUACCCAAGCUUUAAACCACCUCCGUUCCAGUAUCACCAUCGUAAUCCUAUGGGUAUUGGAGUUACUGCAACAAACUUCACAACCCACAAUAUCCCACAGACUUUUACUACUGCCAUUCGAUGCACAAAAUGUGGAAAAAGUGUUGAUAACAUGCCUGAGUUACACAAACACAUACUGGCCUGUGCAUCUGCUAGUGAUAAAAAGAGAUACACCCCUAAAAAAAAUCCAGUACCCCUCAAACAGACAGUGCAGCCUAAGAAUGGCAUGGUGGUUAUUGCUGGGCCUGGGAAGAACGCCUUCAGACGAAUGGGUCAGCCUAAGAGACUCAAUUUCAAUGUUGAGAUUAGCAAAAUGUCCUCCAAUAAACUAAAAAUAAGUGCAUUGAAAAAGAAAAACCAGCUUGUCCAGAAAGCUAUCCUGCAAAAAAAGAAAUCUGCCCAGCAGAAGGCAGAACUGAAAAAUAAUUCAUCUGAGACGGACUCUCACAUCUGCCCCUACUGUAACAGAGAGUUCACUUACAUUGGGAGUUUGAACAAACACGCAUCAUACAGCUGCCCCAAAAAACCCAUCUCUCCCUCCUCCAAAAAGAAUUCUUCCAAAAAAAGUGCAGCUUCUUCACCUGCCAACAGUGACAAAGGCAGCAACCAGCGCAGGAGAACAGCAGAUGCAGAAAUCAAAAUGCAGAGCACUCAGCCUCACCUGGGCAAGACGAGAGCACGAACCUCAGGACCUGCACAGCUCCAGCUCCCCUCUGCCUCCUUCAAGUCCAAACAAAACGUUAAAUUUGUUCCUUCCAUACGAUCUAAAAAGCCAAAUUCAUCUUCAUCGUUGAGGAACUCUAGUCCUGUAAGAGUGUCUAAAAUGUCCCAUGUUGAUGGGAAAAAAACUAAGGUGGUUUCUAAGAACAAUUCCUCUGGAAUCUCCAGCAAAGCGUCCCGGAAAUUGCACGUCAGAAUACAAAGGAAUAAUAAAGCUGUUUUGCCAAGUAAAUCUGUGGCGAGUAAGAAAAAGGCAGACAGGUUCAGUGUAAAAUCUAGAGAGAGGAUUGGAGGACCAAUCACUCGGAGCCUGCAGCAGGCAGCAAAUGCAGAGGCAGCAGAAAACAAAAGAGAUGAAAGCAGUACAAAGCAAGAACUAAAAGAUUUCAGGUAAGCAUUUAAUUUGAAGUUGAAACAACCCAGGAACACGUUGCUUGCUGUUUUGCCAAUUUUCUUGGUUUUCUUUUUAUUCCUUUUUUUUUCUUUUUUUUUUUUUUUUUUGAGUUUCUCAUGCUUCAAUAAAAAAAAAAAAGUUGCAUUUCCUAAAACAUGAAUUAGCAGAUACUGAUGCUGAGGUAUGAUGUACAUACUUGAUGCAUUUUGUCAUGUCGUGAAACAAUACACGGUUUGUAUAGAGAAUGUCUUUAAUUAUAAACUGAAUUGAAAACUCUGGAAAAAAAUGUCAAUACCUGAGUGCAAAUAAACUUAAUGUCAUUAAACUCAAUGUUAUUGGAGACACUGACCUUGUAUUUGGUAUCUGACUUCUAAGGUAGGCCAGAAUCAUUCUUGAUUUAUUUAUGGCGGUUCACUAAGUUAAAAAACAUGACUGCAUUCUUUACUCACUAAAAUAACUUGCUUUGGUUUGUAAUAAAAAGCAUUCUCUGCAUAUAUAUAUAUAAAAGAAACAAACCAUGACCAAAUACUUCAAAAAUGUAUGUGCAUAUGGACUGAGAUAAUUAAAUACUUAAUAUAAGGGAAAUAGACAUGUAAGAAAAGUUACAUGAACAUGUAAAUUUGUUAGAAGUAUCAUGCUUUUAUGUUUCACUAUAAAACUUUAUAAUUAAAGUUCUAUUUCUUUUUGAGAAGAAGCAUUUUAAUCACAAGAAAGGGUAAUCCUUCAAUAAAUAAAUAAAAAUCUUAAUCUACGUGCCUGAGUCCCGAUUUACGUCUUCAUGUAGUCUCUCCAAUCAAUAGUAUCUUUUGCACGGUGUUUAUAACCUUUGUUCCCCUGCUCCUGCCCUGUUUUCCUUGGAAAGGGGCUUCUGCUUUGCUGAGGAACUUUCACAAAGCUCACUGGUAAUUAAGAGUUCUUUCGGGGUUGGUAAUUGCAGCACCGGGCUGUGAUUAACACCAGGUUUAGGGCCAAGGGUAGGGGGUUUUUAAUCGAAGUCAUUGCUAGAGGAGGAGGGGGAGGAACUGGCAGCCUCUGUCAGAACAAGGAGAGGAGGAUCUGUUCAUUGUCAAAAUCCAAACUGUUCACAGUUUGUUUGUCUUACAGUGAACAUCUCGAGGUGCAAAUAGUGAGGAAAUACUUUGUGAAUUAAAGGUUCCAUAUAGCAGAAUUGUUCCCGAGUGCUGGAGGAGAAUUUAACUUAAAAUAGUCCAUACCCAAAUUAGGAUGUGUUGAAGGAGAAAAAUGUUAUUGGAAUUUGGAGACUAAUGGUGUAAAAAUGCCUUUUAGGAACAAGAAAUGUCUACCAGGCCCGUUCCCUCGGGACAUAAACAUCUUCAUGUUAAUUCUCAUCAGCUGCUCUUAGUUAUGUUUGAAACUGUAUUUAAAUGAUGCCAGAACAGAUCAGUAGAGUAAGAAGCCAAAACACCACAUCUUCCCAUCUAAAUGAAUCAUUUGACCUCAGGCAAAAUAACCAAGUACUUGGAAAUGGGUGCAAGUGGGAAUUGUUCAGUAGUAUUUGGGGAAAUACCAAUUGACCUGUGGUAAGGUUUGCCUGACUGGCUCAAAUACCAGCCAAAUACUGCUUUAAUUUGACUGCUUGGAGUCUUUAUCAGUUUAACAAAUAGUUACACUUGGGAAUUCUUUUUGUCUCUGAAGUAACUUUCAUAAAUCUAGAUUAUGUAGUCAACUUCUUUUUAUAUCAAUUAUAUAGUAUGAAGGAUUUUUUUGCCUUCGUACACGAAUAUCAGCACAGUUUAACUUUGAUUCUACUCUGUGUAGGCACUGUUGGGUUUUGAUUUUUUUCCAGGAAAUCUGAAUAUUUUUUCAAGACUUGCUUUAUGUGUAUUUGUCUGCCAGUUUGUUUUUCACCUUUCAGUUUUUCUGUGAAAACAUACUUCUUCACAAAUUGUUUCGUCAUUUAUCUUCAGUUUCGUUUUGUUUUUAAUUCCUAUUUUCUAGGACUCUCCUGUAAAAACAACAAAAAAAAUCCCUUAAUGCCAUGGUAGAGCUAUUGCAUGCUCAUCUUAGGAUAAGCACUAUGCCAAGGGAUGUGAAAUCCAAGCUUGCAGAACCUGCAGAAGCUGAGUCACAGCCAUAAAAUUGCCUGCAGGCUUCUUGCUCAUGCUCAGUGCCAGGCCUAGAUUUUGUUACUUUGUGUUUGACACGUGCAGGAUGAUUCAGAUAAAAGCCAAGGGUUCUGUUAAAAACAAAUGAAACCCCCACAGGAAAUCAUCCAAAGGAAUAGUGGGAUGAACACAACCAAAUGUUUUGCUCUUGAUUUUGUCCACGCCUUUGUGGGUAGCGUUGAGUUCAGUUUCUGUGCUUGGCAAAGGUUCCUUCAGCCUGUCCAGAAAUCAGUGUACAUUCAGGGCCAGCAAUUGCUGCACUCCAAGUAUUUUUGUCAUGUAUUGGGUCUCUUAAAGCCUUUUGUCUAAAUGAGUCAGUAGAGGCCGACUUAGCACAGGCAAAAUUCCCUUCCCACCUUCUCCUCACGUUCAGAGGCUUUCAGACUCUCAGUACACAGUGGAAAAAAAAGCCUGAUUUGGAUGUUUUAUGGAUUUUCCAAGUUCUUUACACAUACAAAUAAAACUUUAUAUAGCAGUGAUGAAUUUCUAAACACCAGAUAUGUAAUGGAUGCAGUGUAUCUUUUUAUGGAUAAGAAGGCUAGAGCAGGGCUGCAGACCUGCAUAUUUUGAAAAUGAAAUAUAUAAUUAUUCUAAAAGGUUGUACACCUCUAAUUUAAGACAAUGAAUUGGUCUAUUGUUCAUAACAGCUUUUUAUGGAAAUACUGUUUGUCACGUGUUCAUAGAGCUUUCACAAUUACUGACAGAAUGGAUGGAAAGUGACUAGUUUCUUUAUACAGACACCCCUUUUAUUUUUUGUUCUUAAAAAGUAAUCUACCUCUUUAAAAUUUGUAGUUUAAUACUUGUUUGGUGAAUUUGUGCCACUUUAACUUUCACUUUCACUAUCAUUCCCAUUUUGUUACAUUUCUGUUAUGGGGACUUUAUGUUGAAAUAUUGUAUAAAGCAUUUGUAGCAAGUUAAAAAAAUAAAAUAUUUAAAAUUAUUUAAAUUGUUUUGGACACUUCAAUUGUACUAUAUGUGAUUUACAUUUUACAUUAAUUUCAUUUUGUUUUCAUUUUGGGUUGUUAAUCUUGGAGCAUGUUCCUGUAUUAAAGUUUGCUGUUAGUUAUAUUGUUUCUUCUAUUGGAGAGUGAUAUAAAGACUAUUCUAAUGAAAACAUUAAAAAUUGCAAUUUGACAUAAAAGUGGGGUUGUCCUUGCUUUUGAACGUUGCUGGAGGGCUGUGAAUGCAGGUAAGGCUGAAGAGGGAUUUUCCUCCUCCCUGUGCCACCCAUCCUGUGCUGAGUCCGUGGUGUUACAAGCACUUAAUGACCAACUAGAGGAACUGUCAUGACACAUUUUCUAAAACCAAUAAAGUCAACUUUUUAAAAACUUGGGGGAAACUUGCCUUUUGUGUGGGAAAUAGAUGUGCCAGGAAAAAUGAAACAAUGCACAUCUAGGAGGAGUUAAAUGUAAUUGCAUUCUUCACUUGUGUCCCCCCAGAUCAGUGACAUGAGUUUAUACCAAUUGGCCACUUCUGACUUAGCUUGAGGAUUUUAGUUUUUAAUUGUGGACACAGCUAAUAAAUUUAUUUAAAUGAAAAUGACAUACACUAUUUCAACUUCUGAUACUAUAGCUUUCUGGUUUUCUGAUACAGUUUUCUACUUUUAUAUGCUUUAAACUUGUUAAAUAGUUCAAUUAAAAAAAAAAUACAUGCUAA